AUGUUCGCAAGGCGGCGAAGCGGAGUACAUCGGACAGCGAUUGCAUCGCCGAAAAAUAUAGCUCGCCGAACAACAAUGAGAGCUUCGGCACUACCACGCCCCACUGAGCCGCUGCCCAACACUCUGACAACUGGGCGCCACUCAACACUUGGACAUACGGGGUGUCCAACACUCAGAGCGCCGAUCGGAAGCCAUCCACACGUCUCUACAGCAGCUAAGCCUACAGCGACGACUUCAAGAGCAGGGAGCACGUCAUCUGCACGUUCCACUACAUUGCGCUCUUCGACUGUUGCUAACAAGACUAUCGCCGCACCGACUGCGAGAACGAGUAAUAUGGCUCGUGCUGUACCAGUAUCGUCUCGUCCUCCCUCAGAGGUUGCAUCUCUCAAGUCAGAGAUCACAAAGCUGAAAGAGGAGCUUAAGACGAGAGUGGAACAGAUAAAACUUACGAAUGAAGUGUUGGAAAUGCAGACAACGAAUCUUACACACAGCAAUGCGCAGUUGGAGAAUGCUAAAAUCAAGCUAGACUUAGUGGAAAACUGUAAGAUCACGCUGGAAGAACAGUUGAAAGUAUUAAAGGAAAACAUGCAGCAAAAAACUGCUCACAACGAAGAAAUGUGUCAGCAGCUGAACGAAAAGGAAGCCAUCCUGAGGAAGUUGCAUAAUGAUGUCGUUGAUAUGCGAGGACAGAUUCGUGUGGCGGUUCGCGUUCGCCCGAUGCUCAAGGCAGAAGAGGAAUCCAGUAAUGAUGGAAUAGAGUACCCGGCUGUGAACGCGAUCGCAAUCAAUCAAGGGACAAAGAAGGGAACAACUUUGAUGUUCGAGAAAGUUUUCACGCCUAUGUUUUCGCAGAAGGACGUUUUCGUCAAUAUUGAGGACUUCAUACUAUCUGCACUUCAUGGUUACAACGUCGGAUUGAUUGCAUUCGGUCAGACAGGGAGUGGGAAGACGCAUACGAUGAGAGGAGGCGAUGCUGAAGAAGAAGGAAUUAUUCCAAGAGCUGCAACCUUCCUGUUCAGAGAGUCGAAAAAACUAGAAGCAACGGGAUGGAAGUUCGAAUUUUCAUUAUCUUUCCUCGAAAUCUAUAACAAUGAAGCUUAUGAUCUGCUCAACAAUCAUGCCGCGGUCAAACUCCGAUUAGUGAAUCAAACAGUGACACUUGAUGGUCUGUCGGAUCAUCCGCUGGUGAAACAAUCUGAAAUUGGUAGUCUCCUACGAACUGCAGAUAAGAACAGGAAAACCGCUGCAACAAAAUGCAACGAGUAUUCGUCUCGUUCUCACGCCAUCUACAUGUGGAAGAUCAAGGCUCAUCAGCAAGCCACUGGUAUAUCGACGUCUUCAAUGCUCAAACUAGUAGACUUGGCCGGAUCUGAACGCGCGAAAGAGUCUGGAGUCAUUGGACAACAGUUUAAGGAGAUGACCAACAUCAAUCAGUCCUUAUCCGUUCUUCAGAAAUGCAUUAGCUUGCAAAAAUCCAAAUCCCAGCAUGUCCCGUAUCGUGAUAGUAAGCUCACGCAAGUGCUAAUGGACUGCUUAGGAGCCGGAAAUUCCAAAACGAUGGUCGUGGUCAACAUCAAUCCGUGCAAUGAUCAGGCAACAGAAUCCAAGCGAAGUAUCGAGUUUGCGUCAAAGAUGCGCGACACUCACAUCGGAUCAGCCGUUCAACAGCGUGAUCUCUAUUGA